UUCCCCUACACGCCAUACCUCAUCCAGGAGCGGUUCAUGGCUGCGCUGUACAACGCGCUAGAGGCAGGCUGUGUCGGGAUCUUCGAGAGCCCCACGGGCACGGGAAAGUCGCUGAGUCUUAUCUGCGGGGCUCUCUCCUGGCUCCGAGACUUUGAGGAGAAAAAGCAGCAGGAGGAGGCACGACUUCUGUCGCUUGAGGAUAGCGGGCAGGAAGGGAAGAAGCUGCUGACCUUGGUGGAGCCAGGACACCCAGACAGCAGAGACACCGCUGGGGAACCAGACUGGGUCACAGCGUUUGUGCAGAAGAAGGAAGAGCGAGACACGGUGAACAGGCUGAAGGAAGAGCAGCUGAGGAGGAAGAGGCAGGAAGAUCAUCUGGAGAAGAUUCGCCAUAACGUGCAGUUAAAAUAUGCAGUGAAGAGGAAGAGAGCUGAGGAGGAUGAGACAAGGCGAUUUCUGCAGCUCAGCAAGGAGGUUCUUUCAGAGGGAACUGGAGUGGAUAUGCUGGAGAAGCUGGAUCACAGUGAGGAGGAGCUGAUCCUUGCUGAAUAUGAGAGUGAUGAAGACAAGAAAGUGAUAUCUGGGUUUGAAGAUGAUGAUGAUGAUGAUUUGGAAGAGGAACAUGUGACUAAGAUCUACUACUGCAGCCGCACUCACUCCCAGCUGUCUCAGUUUGUGCGUGAGGUGCAAAGGAGUCCUUUUGGCAAAGGCACACGGCUGGUCUCCUUGGCAUCCAGGCAGAACCUGUGUGUGAAUGAGGAGGUGCGGCGCCUGGGGGCUCUCCAAAUCAUCAAUGACCGCUGCAUGGAGAUGCAAAAGAACAAACAUGAAAAGAAGAGUGAUGAGGAAAAGGCAGGGCAGAAGCACCGUGCCAGCCACACCACAUGCCCCUUCUACUCCUACGAGCAGAUGCAGUUUCUCCGUGAUGAAGUUCUCGUGGAGGUGAAGGACAUUGAGCAGUUGGUGGCUCUGGGGAGGGAGAUCAAAGCCUGCCCGUACUAUGGGAGUCGAUUCGCCAUUCCUGCUGCUCAGAUGGUGGUGCUGCCCUAUCAAAUGCUCUUGCAUGAGCCUACGAGGAGUGCUGCUGGGAUCAAGCUGAAGGGCCAGGUUGUAAUCAUUGACGAAGCUCACAACCUCAUAGACACCAUCACCUGUAUCCAUAGCGCAGAAGUCAGUGGCUCUCAGCUGUGCUGUGCCCACUCCCAGCUGUCACAGUACAUGGAGCGAUACAGGAAACAUUUGAAGGCAAAGAACUUGAUGUACAUUAAGCAGAUUCUGUAUAUGCUAGAGCGGUUUGUGGCUGUUCUGGGAGGUAAUGUGAACCAAAAUCCAAGCUGUCAGGCAGUUCCCCAAACAGGGACAGUACUAAAAUCCAUCAAUGACUUUCUGUUUCAGAGCCAGAUUGACAAUAUCAACCUCUUCAAGGUUCAGCGUUACUGUGAGAAGAGCCUCAUCAGCAGGAAGCUUUUUGGGUUUGUGGAGCGAUACAGAGGCCCUGCCACAGCUGUGAAGACCAACAAGGAGAACCAGAAGUUGACCGGUUUGCAAAGCUUUCUUCUGACCUUCAGGCAAGGGUCUGAUAAAGAGGGUACCCCCCAGAGCCAUCCUCCCGUGGAGACUGAAAACGGGCAGCUCCGAGCUGCCUCUCCGCUGAUGCAGAUUGAAGGAUUUCUCUCAGCCCUGACAAAUGCAAACCAAGAUGGUAGAGUCAUUCUCAACAGGCAAGGCACAGUUGGUCAGAGCAGCCUCAAAUUCCUCUUGCUGAAUCCAGCUGUCCAUUUUGCCAAGGUGGUAGAAGAAUGCCGUGCUGUGAUUAUUGCUGGGGGCACCAUGCAGCCGGUGACUGAUUUCCGAGAGCAGUUGCUAUCCUGUGCUGGUGUCGACCCUGCACGUGUUGUGGAGUUCUCUUGUGGACAUGUGAUUCCUCCAGAAAACAUUUUACCCAUAAUCCUCUGCAGUGGUCCUUCCAACCAGCAGCUGGAGUUCACCUACCAGACAAGAGAUCGUCCCCAUAUGAUGGAUGAGACAGGUCGAAUCCUUUGCAACCUGUGCAACGUGGUCCCAGGGGGUGUGGUGUGCUUCUUCCCCUCCUAUGACUAUGAGAAGCAAGUGUAUGCACACUGGGAGAAGACAGGGCUGCUCACACGCCUGGCAGCCAAGAAGAAGGUCUUUCAGGAGCCUAAGAAAGCCAGCCAGGUGGAGCAGGUGCUGGUGGAAUAUGCCAAGUGCAUAAAGGGCUGCAGCCAGGCGGGAGGACAGAUGACAGGGGCCCUGCUGCUUUCUGUGGUUGGAGGUAAAAUGAGUGAAGGCAUCAACUUCUCUGAUGAGCUGGGAAGGUGUGUGGUUAUGGUGGGAUUGCCUUUCCCCAACAUUAAAUCUCCAGAGCUCCAGGAAAAAAUGGCUUGGCUUGACAAAACCAUGCCCAGAGCUGCUGGCCAGGCACCUAGCAAAGUGCUGAUUGAAAACCUGUGCAUGAAGGCAGUGAACCAGUCCAUAGGUAGAGCCAUUCGCCACCAAAAGGACUUUGCAAGCAUCUUGCUGCUGGACCACAGGUAUGGAAGCUCUGCCAUCCUCAGCAAACUGCCCCAGUGGAUCAGGGAGAGAACCCAGGUGAAAGCCACCUUUGGAGCAGCGUUUGCAGAGCUAAGGAAGUUCCAUCGAGGGAAGUGAAGUGGAGCAGG